AGUUAUUAACAACUUAUAGCACAGCUGAUACUUUCCGUUGAUAUGAAAAUGCCGUAAUGUAAUCUAAUCUUACUAUUUGAUGAAAUUGAUGAAGAUUAAUAUUCCAAGAUGUCGCGAUGUGUCUCAGGAAGGGACGACACAAUAUGCUUUCAAGUACGUGUAGAAAUGCGAAUACUAUCUCUCAAUUUCUUAUUAUUCACCAUGAGUGGUGUAUGGCGACCAAUCGAAUGGACGUCGAAAUGCUCCAGACGCUUAUACAGCAUGUUCACUUUCUCCACACUGUAUUUGUUGCAUUUCUCGAUGCUGAUCCAAUUUAUGGAUAUCGUUCUUGUUGUUGAUAAUAUGGACGAUUUUGCUACGACUGCCUUGUUUUUCCUUUCGACUGUCAGUGCAGUCUGCAAAGCGGUCACUACCGUAACGCGUCGCAGUGACAUUAUUAACUUAGUCAAAAUUCUACAAGAAGAGCCAUGCAAACCUAGCAACGAGGAUGAGAUUAAUAUUCAAAGAAAAUACGACGUCUUAAUCAGAUCGUAUUCCAUAAGUUACACACGUUUGGCAGCGUUUUCUGCCACUGGUGCUGUCAUAGGAGAAAUAUUAGCUAUGUUACAAGGUGAAUUGCCUUACAGAGGAUGGGUGCCCUACGACAUUUACACUUCGCUUCUUUUAUUUUUACUUACAUCCCUCCAAGAAAUGUUAGCUGUGAUUUUCGGUACAAUUGUAAAUGUCGCUACGGAAACUAUCGUAUUAGGGUUUUGCUUACAAACGUGUUCGCAACUUGAAAUUCUGAAAUAUCGUCUACAAAAGGAGAUCCUAAAAUCUAACGAGAAGGAAGAGACUCGUGAAAAUCCACUGAAAAGCGUUUCAUAUAAGAGAAAUAGAUUGUCAAAACACAUUCAUUAUCACCUGUGCAUAAUCAGGUUUGCCAAACUGGUUAAUGAUGUAUUCAAUCAAGUACUUUUUGUUCAAUUUUUUGCGAGUAUAUUUACAUUAUGUACAAGUACGUACUAUCUGUCUUCUCAUACGACAGUUGAAGAUUUUGUGAAAUUAGUUAUUUAUACAUUUUGCAUGUUUGUGCAAAUUUUUGUGUAUUGCUGGGCUGGAAACGAAGUUAUACUUAAGAGUGUUGAAUUGGGUGAAGCUGUAUAUGAAAUGGAUUGGAUAUUGUUGAAUAUUAAUGAACAAAAGGACCUGCUAAUGAUCAUGAAACGUAGCAAAAGACCUAUAAAAUUCACUAGCACCUUUUUGGUGACACUAUCUUUGGAAUCUUAUGGCAAUAUUCUCAAAGCAUCGUACUCUGCAUUUAAUGUUCUGCAACAGAGAAUUUGAGAUUCAAGUAAUGUUUACUCUUUUACAAUGUAUGCAAUAUAAUAUCUCAUGAAUGAAAAUAAUAUAUAAUUUCUUGUAAAUAAAACUCUUGCCCAAAUAUAGCAUUGUUAUAUAAAUAUACUGUAUACAAUGUAUUGUACAAUACACGCGCGACAAACGUUGGUGAAGUAUAAUUUUGUAGAUGAUAUCCAUUUGCAUCCAUUUACGAUUCAAACUUAAUGACAGUAAUUAGCAACUUGAUAGGAACGGAGAACGCACGUUCUACCAUUUUUCUUAAUAUGAAAAAGUCGUAAUUAUGACGUAAUCGUGCCAUUCGAGAAAAUUGACAAUGAGACAAAUUAGUUCCAACAUAUUGUAUCGUUCCCAGGAAGUAAAAUACAUUUUCGUUUCUUUCAAAUUAUAUUGUGAAAGCGUAAUUAUAAAAUGUACCGUAUAUGACGUGCACAACUGUCCAGUUGCGUUUGUUCACCCACAGAAAAAAUUUCCGGAUCCAAUGCUAUUACACUCUAAUGUAUUAUAAAAUAGGCCAAUCAUAUUUUCUUACAGAGAAAGGAAUGAAAUUAUUGGAUAAGAAAUUUGACACCUGUAUCCCUGUACCCAUAAAGCUCUCCAAUAAAAAAACUAUAAUAAUAAAUUCAAUUAAAAUUCUUCCUGGUAUAAUUAUAGCCUUCAGUGACAGAAGAAUCUCUGGAUUAGAGGUGAUUUGGAUUAGCAAUAAUUAAGAGGAUUAUGUAUCAAUAAUAGCACAGCAGAGGACCACUUUGAACGAUGAUUCAUGCCAAGUUAAAAUAAAGCUGAGGUUAUUAAAAACCAGAUGUUUAUGGAGGUCACUUGAGAUCAGAUGCCACGAACGGAUCACAUAUACCAACGAACGAGUUUGUGGCAAUAAUAUCUGCGGUACAUGUGUUUGGAGAUCUAUUCUUUGCAAAGAGUUCGAUGUGUUAACAUUUAUCGUAUUUGUUUAUACCUGGACUAGACUGAAAAGUGAAUUGAGCAAACAACUGAAACAUAUUUUUAUUAUAGUGCAGUGCCAAUGACAAUUUGUGAUCAUCAAUGUUGAAGAGUCUAUCUUUUUUAGUGUUGUUUUAAACUUUAUAUGACUUUCCAGUCUUUCACAGAAUCUGUCGUUGAUAAUUUCUUCUAUAACGUGAUGUGUCUGAAGAAAAUGUUAUUGCAAAGAAAUAAACACUUUCUUCCUUUCUAAACUGACCGAUUCAAUUGCAUGCAGUGCGUUUUUCCAUUUACUAAAAAUAGGUGACAAAUCAUCAUAAUGAAAAUAAUUAUAUAUAACGUAUAGCC